GUCCCUCCCACUUUAUUUCCUUUGUUAGGCAAAAAUUGGCCUGAAAAAUGACGUUUUGGGUUGGCUUGUGGCCAGGUUUGGCAUUGUGACAUUUGGAGUUUUUAAGGGGUUGAUAACUUGGGUUUGACGUCUGGGCGUCACACGAAAAUUGACUCAAGACCAAGAGUCUCGGACGUCUCUAAUGAGAUGUUAGAUAGGAGGGUUGGGAUAUCGGUUAUACGCCCACAAGCGUACAGCCUUGAUUACAAUUUAUUUUUAUUUCAGAAAAUUCACAUUUCUGGGCUUCGUCACUACUCGACAAAUCACUUAACUUCAGUUAUAGCAAUAAUAAAGCAAUAUGGCCCUUUUAGAAUUGACAAUAUAGGCUUUAACUUUCAAUUAGUCGAUGCUCAUUCAAUAAUCCAUUCAAUAGUCAGAAUCGCCUUUUAUUUAAAUUCAACAGCCAAAAAACCUCAAAAAUCUGUGGAAAUUUUUAACGAACCGGAUAUACACCCAGAGGACUUGUAUCAUAUUAAUUUGUGGUGGCUACCGACAAAAAACAACUGCCCUCUUUUCAAGUUCUGGUUGACACUUCGUUUAUCUGAUGCUUAUGGGAAAUUGUGUCCGGGUAGGGAAAAUAAAUAA